AUGCCACGAAUCUACAAAGCAAAAGGAAAAUUCAUCGGUCGAGUGCGAGUGAAUGAAGCCUCACUGCAGCAAGCGGUGGCCGCUGUGCUGGAGGUUCGGCCCAUUAAAACGACCGCUAAACAGUUCGGGGUACCAGUCAUGACCGUCAAACGCUAUGCCCGGAAACAGAAGGCUUCCGACAAGUUGAUUCGCUACGGACCGAUGUACGGAUCGUCAUCGAGAGCCUUUUCCGACGAAGAGGAGGAAAUGUUGCAGGAUUAUGCGUUAAAGGCGAGCAAGCUUAAUCACGGACUUACUCCCAUUGGUGUCCGGAAACUGGCUUACCAGUUUGCACUUGCAAAUAAUAAACCAAUCGCAGCAAAAUGGGUGAACGGUUUAGCUUCUUUUGAGUGGUAUUAUGGAUUCAUGCGCCGGCGCAAAAGUUUGGCGCUCAGGAAAGCACAGGCAACAAGUUUGAGUCGCGCUACCAGCUUCAACAAGCACAAUGUUGCUCAAUUUUUCGACAAUCUGCGAACGGUUCUAGCACGGUACAACUUUGAGGCAAUCGACAUCUGGAAUUUGGAUGAAACUGGCGUAACUACUGUCCAUGACCCAACAAAGAUAGUGGCUGCUAAAGGAUGCAAGCAGGAUAGGAUGCUCAGCAACUGCUACCCUGGAACUGCCGGCAAACCCCAUCCAAGUGGUUGGAUGACCGCCGAGAAUUUCGUCAAGUUCCUUGAGCAUUUCGUGAAACACAAUAAGUGCUCGAUCAGUAGGCCAUGCCUCAUAAUUAUGGACAAUCAUGACAGCCACAUUAGUAUCGACUAUCUAUCUUACGCCAAGACCAACGGAAUUAACAAUCCCACCGCACACAUCGCACAAACUGCAGCCACUGGAUAG